GGGACCAUCAUCUUUAGUACAGAGGAUGGAAAGUUGAUGCUCAGUAAGACUGAAGAUCCAUUCUGCAUUACGGAACUGUGGAUUGUCUGUGGGUCCCUGGUGAUUUCACACCUUCAUUCACUCCUGCGGUCCCUGAACACCUACUUGGGGUCCUCAUUGCCCUAUCUGGUGAAAGAUGGCAUCCAGCCUGACUUGUACUGGAGUAAUCUGGGCUUUGCUGUCUUUUCUUUGUGCUGCCACCUCCUGCGUGGGGUUCUUCAUGCCUUACUGGCUCUGGGGAUCACAGCUGGGCAAGCCUGUGUCCUUCGGUACCUUCCGGAGGUGCUCAUAUCCUGUGCAUGAUGAGAGUCGGCAGAUGAUGGUGAUGGUGGAGGAAUGUGGGCGCUAUGCCUCCUUCCAGGGCAUCCCCAGUGCAGAAUGGAGGAUCUGCACCAUAGUGACCGGCCUGGGUUGUGGCCUCCUCCUCCUGGUGGCGCUCACUGCCCUCAUGGGUUGCUGUGUUUCCGACCUCAUCUCCAGGACAGUGGGAAGAGUGGCUGGAGGAAUUCAGUUUCUUGGGGGGUUGUUGAUUGGUGCUGGCUGUGCCCUCUACCCCUUGGGCUGGGACAGUGAGGAAGUCCGGCAGACUUGUGGCUACACUUCCGGCCAGUUUGACCUGGGGAAGUGUGAAAUCGGCUGGGCCUACUACUGCACGGGAGCAGGUGCCACUGCCGCCAUGCUGCUGUGCACAUGGCUGGCUUGUUUUUCAGGCAAGAAACAGAAGCACUACCCAUACUGAGAUGGAGCCACCAACAGCCGACAGAGGAGAAGACGGGCCAAAGGGGCUUGGAGAGGUCAAAACAUCCACCUACCUUCAAAAGGUGGAAUAGUAAUUCUAAUCCAAUACAAUGCUAAUAAAAUGAAACCCGAUAAAAUCAGGAACAUGAUAUAGGAAGGAAGGAUUAUAGGAGAUUUGUAGGGGGGGGUGGGGAAAGGGGAGUAUAGAAUGAUGGAGAAAAAUGGACCAAAGGCUAAAAAUAUUGCAGGGCAUUGGGUGUUUCUAUUCCACAGAGUAUUGUUAAUGUACAACACACACAUACACAACAAAUCUAUAUAUACAAACAAGGGUUUGGGUUUUAGUUUUGUUUUGUUUUUUAAGGUGAGGACUCAGAAAAUCAAAAGGGCUAGUAGAAACAGUGUUAUGUUGGGAAGCAGGGUACCCCCAAAGAUGUUCCCUGUAGGUCACGGCACUCCUGAAAGCACACAAGCACAUACAGACAUACUCAUCCCCACACACGCCCAUGCACAAACAUGUGGAUUAUCGCACAGACUGUAUGGGAGGUUUAGUGGUGCAUUUCUCCUUUGUUUUCUUUUUAAUAUACAUUUAAAAUACAGUAUUAUCACUUUAUAAAACAUACAUUAAGCCUAAUAAAUGGACCAAUAAGCCAAACUAUCAGUAUUUUGUAUAUCCUGCAUAAACUCUAAUUUAGUUCCUCAACAUAUUUUCAGUGUUUAUGCAGACCUUUAGAGUUAAGCCUUUGUAUUUCCAUGUUAUUCAACAAUAUGCAAUAUUUCUCUGAGUAGCUUCUGCUAUGAUAUUCUUAUGAAGAAAAGGGGCAACUUUCUGUCCACUGUAGGAGAGAAUUCAGCCGAAGAUAUGAGAGUAAUGAGAGACAUUUUCCAGUCGUUGGAUCGUGUUUUCUUUUGUUCAUUAUUGUACUGUGCUGUACCACAUUUAUUUCUAUAUUCAUUUUGUAAAAAAUUUAAAAGUGCUAUUUUGUUUGUAUUUGAAAAUCUCUGUGAAUAAAUUCUCUCUUUGAUCAAUA